AUGUCGCUGGAUUUGGAGCACCACCUUACCUUUGUGAGCAUCACCACCUAUGGAACCUCGGAUGCCACAUACUCGGGCACCCUCAUCCAGACCCCUAGCUGGCUCUCCGUGCCAUAUCUUGACCUCAAUCUGGGCACCAUUGCGGCUCUCAUGUAUUCGGCACUCUACUUACUGCUCGAGCCAGUCGCUGGCUUUGUGUUGGCUGCAUUCUGCUUGGCCGGCACCGCUUACUCCAAUUUCCUAAAAGCAGAGAACCCAGCUACCACUUUCCAGAUUGCACUCGGCUGCCAUCUUGCUGCCUGGAUUUUCCAAUUCGUUGGACACGGAGCGUUCGAAGGCCGCGCUCCUGCCUUGCUGGAUAACCUACUCCAGGCCAUCUUCUUAGCCCCGUUGUUCGUCUGGCUUGAGGUCCUCUUCAAGCUAGGAUACCGCCCUGAGCUCCAGGCUCGUGUCGACAAGAAAGUACAGCAAGAGGUCGCCAAGUUCAAGGCCGCUUCUAAGAAUGGGAAAGCCAAGUAG